AUGAAGGCUAUACUUACAGGCCUAACCUUUAUAGGCACUAUUAUUAUUACUCUUUUCUCAAUCUUUGCACUUUCCGAAGCGGAUGCAGAUAUAAGCCAAAACCAAAAUCAGGGCGAAAAUCUUCAAAAUCGUUGGUUUGAUUUUGGUGGCGAUACAGUUAUUAACACUAACAAGUAUAUACGCCUCACGCAUGAUCGACAAUCACAAACAGGCUGGUUAUGGAGUCGUUUGCCAUUGACAUCUACGAAUUGGCAAGUAGAAUUUGAAUUCAAAAUCGAAGGAUCAAAUCCAACUCUUUAUGGUGAUGGAAUGGCUGUAUGGUUAACCACCGAUCGUGCAAAGUCUGGUCCGGUUUUUGGAUUUAUUGAUAAAUUCGAAGGAUUAGGAAUUUUCUUUGAUACAUAUGCAAAUUCUAGACAAGCACAUUCAUUUCCUUACGUAAUGGCAAUGCUUGGUGACGGUAAUACUCCAUAUGAUCAUGCCAAUGACGGUAAAGCCAAUCACCUCGCUGGAUGCGAAGCUGAUAUACGCGGUCAAUCGGUUGUAACGAAAGCACGUAUCACAUAUUAUAGGAAUACUUAUCUUGAGGUUAAAUUACAAUAUAAAGAUUGGGAUCAAUGGGAACCAUGUUUUACCAUUCCUAAUGUUACCCUUCCAACAGUAGCUUAUCUCGGUUUUAGUGCAUUAACUGGUGAUGUUUAUUCUCAUGAUAUUAUUAGUAUCACGACAAAUAACCUCAUUUCUGUACCUCCACGACUUCACAAGACAACUCUUCGAACUCACGAUCCUAAGACCUCAAGUUGGUCUGGAUUUUUAUUUAUUCUUAAACUUAUCGCCACCACAGCCUUCAUUGGAGUUUUGAUUUUGUUCCUUCUACGUUAA